CAACGGCUGCUCUGUGUUUUUAGCUAAUUUUGUCACUGAACUUUACCUUGAGUUUUUAAGAUAGUUAUAAGCAUUUAAUUCCACAAUGGUUAAGGAUUACUACGAGACGCUGGAAAUAAACAGAAAUGCAACAGACGCAGAAAUAAAAAAGGCAUAUCGACGUCUUGCGUUGAAGUUUCACCCGAGCAGCAACAGAGAACCUGGAUGCACCGACAAGUUCAGUCAGUUGGGUGAAGCAUACGAUGUAUUGAGCGACCCUCAAAAAAAGGCAACCUAUGACAAGUUUGGUGAGGAGGGACUAAAAGGUGGUAUCCCACCCGAGUUUGGCAGGGAUGGGGCUUGGUCAUCUAAAUAUGUCUACCAUGGGAAUCCAGACAAAACAUUCAGACAGUUUUUCGGAGGUGACAACCCAUUUGCAGACUUCUAUACAAAUGAUGUACCUCUUCAGUUUGGUGGCCUGCAACCAGGAGUGGUGAAGACUCAAGAUUCCCCAAUAGAGAGAGAUCUUCAUUUGUCCCUGGAUGAUCUCUUCCAUGGAUGCACAAAAAAGAUAAAAAUAUCUCGCAGGGUAAGAACAUCUAUUAUGAAUGAGGAUGGAUACACAUCCAGUAUCAAAGACAAGAUCCUGUCUAUAAAUGUUAAGCCUGGAUGGAAAGAAGGCACAAGGAUAAUUUUUUCCAAAGAGGGAGAUCAGGGACCAAACAGCAUCCCUGCAGAUAUUGUGUUCAUAGUGCGACAGAAGAGUCAUCCUAUGUUCGUAAGACAACUCAAUGACCUGAUCUACAAGGCCCAGAUCUCUCUGGAGAUGGCCUUGACUGGCUUCUCUGUGGAUGUGGAGACACUAGAUGGCAGGCUACUCAAUAUUCCCAUCAGUGACCUUGUGCACCCUACGUACAAAAAAGUGGUGACGGGAGAGGGAAUGCCGCUGUCCCAGGAUGCUUCACAGAGAGGAAAUCUCAUCAUUACUUUUGAUAUCCAGUUCCCCGACAAGCUCUCGGCUGAGAGAAAGCAUCUGAUCAAACAAGCUCUAAAAUAAAUGUCACAGCAGUGAAUAUUGAUCAC